AUGAAUAAUUCAGAAAAAGUUGAUAUGCUUUUUGUUUACUGGGAAUGUGAAAAAAAUUCACGUCUGGCUGCACGUGCUUAUGCUGAACGUUACCCAAAUAGGGAACACCCGUCACACAGUUAUUUCCAUGAGUUAGAAAGAAAUACUGGUUCUUUUUCUAACACUAGAGUUAUAGCCAACCAACAACCUAUACAAGUUAAUGCAUUGGGGGAAGAUAUUGAGCUUCGAGUGCUGGCGUACGUAAGAGCAAAUCCCAGACAUCCAUACAGGCCUGAUUUAGUUCAAUAUUUACGCCAAGGUGAUGCUGAGCGUAGAAUUAUGUUUAUUUCUUGGUUGGUAACUCAAUUAGAAGACAAUCCUUUUAUUUUAAAUUACAUAUUAUGGACAGAUGAAUCCAAAUUUACCAACAAUGGAGUAAUAAAUAAACAAAAUAAUCGAUAUUGGGACACUCAAAAUCCCCAUUGGGUUUUUGAAACAAAUAAUCAAUGUAUCUGGGGAAUAAAUGUUUGGUGUGGUUUGAUUGGAUGUAAAUUGUUGGGACCUUAUUUCUACGACGGUACAUUAAAUGGAAGACGGUAUUUGGAAUUUAUAAUGAAUGAGCUACCGAUCAUGCUAGACGACAUCCCUCUUGCAACAAGAAACAAUUUGAUUUUGCAACAAGAUGGAACCCCGGCACACAAUGCAAAUGUUGUGAAGAAUUAUUUAAAUGAACAUUUUGAAAAUCGUUGGAUAGGAACUAAUG